AUGGAUACGACCAACGUUGGAUACUCUUAUCAUUUGCCAUCUGGUGGUUGGAACUUCAAAAUAAGGAACACUCUUUCACAGUUCAGCGAUUUGUUCAGUGAAUUUAACAAAUACAUCGCCCCCGCAUAUCACCACGACCGCUGCGAAAGGUCUGUUCAAAUGAGGAUUUACUCUAUGCACAAAGGGGAAUUUGUAAUGGUUUUUAUAGCAUUUUUUGCUUGCUUCGGCUUGGGAGUUUUCAUCGGACUUGCAGGCCCCUCGCCGACUUCCACGACCUCUGUGACGGCGACGACCGUUCUGGCGAACACGAGCGACAUGUACCGGGGUCCGUUCCGCUUGCGCAGCCCAGCCUUGGGCACGAGGGUGCAGCAGAUGUGGCUCCUCGCCGAGAUACUGACCAAUAACGAUGACGAGGAGAUAUUCGACAAAAGCUUCCAAAUAAGUAUAUCAAUAGACGGAGUAUUAAGCGAUCACACGACUACUAACUUGGUACCUGAAUCAGAAGCUACAAAUAGAACACAACACCUUAAAUGUAAGAAACAGACGUGCGAAGAAGUUAUGGUCCUACAUUUAGGCUCCUUAGAGUUCACACAUUAUGUACUUAAUAUACGAUUCUACGGAUUGAAGGAGUUUCACAAACGUUAUUUCAUAAGGGAGAUAAUUUUUUACUUUAAAACAUACAAUCCGGCCUUCACGCAGAUGGAGACGUGGUUCAGAUUUAUUUUUUUACUCACAACAUUUACAGUUGCCUGUUGGUUUGCACAUUCCCUGAGGAAAUACUCCACGCAGGAUUGGGCAAUCGAACAGAAAUGGCUAUCGAUCUUGCUUCCACUUCUACUCCUCUACAAUGAUCCAAUAUUCCCGCUUCGACUGGUGUCCGGUGGUUGCUUCGCACCUUUCGUCGACACCGUCUUCCAAACGGUGUUCCUCGCGUGCGUGCUGCUCUCGUGGCUCGCGCUGUACCACGGGCUGAGACAAAAUGAGAGGGGCUUCUUAUCGUUCUACUUAUUAAAGUCAAUAGUGGUCGGGCUCGUGUGGUCACCUGCGAUGGUGGUCACAGUCUGGCAGAAGUAUUAUUCGUACUACGACCCGACGUUCAAUUACAUGAUGAACCCCAACUACCCGAUCGUCAAGAUUAUGUUCUUCAGUGCCAUAACAAUAUAUUUCCUAUAUUUACUAAUCCUAAUAAUCAAAGCGUAUAGUGAUCUGCGUAACAUGCCGUUCUUUGACAUUAGACUGCGCUGCCUGUCCAUAGUGGUCGCGACCGUGACGGUCAUAACGACGCUGCUGGCCCUCCAAUCGUGGGGCCCCGCGGCGCUGCAGGACCACUGGGCGUCGCAGCCCAAGGUCGCGUACGACACGUCGGCCCCCUUCAUGGCCCUGUACGGCUUGUUCAACUUCAAAAUAUACCUGAUGGCUUACCUGUUCUCGCCCGGCGGCGGAUCGAUACACGAAACUGCCAUAACCAAAGACAAUCCGGCAUUUUCCAUGAUCAACGACUCCGAUGAAGAGGUUAUCUAUGGUUCUGACGAGGAAAGCCGCAGGCCACUCAACUCGCACCACAGAGUGAACAGCGAGGAUAUA